GUCGCGGCGGUGGGUCGGAGUUGCUGUGUCCCCGAUCUGGCACGUUCCUAGCCAAAUUCUUAACGGUUUUAAAAUUGGAUUGUCCUUUUACGAUAUCUCCACAGUGCUAAACCCCACCAAAUUUAAAGCCAGUACUCCCUAAUUCGAGCCUAUUUCCCCCCCACACAGUCUCAAUAUUAUAACCCCCAAGAAGAUGGCGGUUGGCUCAGCAGUUGCCCGGCUUGAGGGCCGAGAAUUCGAAUACCUGAUGAAGAAGAGGUCGGCGACCAUCGGACGGAACUCAUCGCAGGGCUCGGUGGACGUCAGCAUGGGCCACUCCAGUUUCAUUUCCCGUCGGCACCUCGAAAUUUUCACCGCCGGUGAAGACGGCACCGGUAGCGGGGAAUUCUACCUCCGAUGCCUUGGCAAAAACGGGGUGUUUGUUGAUGGGGUGUUCCAGAGACGAGGGGCUCCACCUCUGCAGCUCCCACGAAUGUAAGAUGGGGGUAGUAUUUUAACAUUUUAUGUCGAGGUAAAAGCGCUAACGUAAAGGUGAUGAUAUUCUGACCUCGCGUUGUUAUUGUUUUGUUCCCUAGCCGCAGCACGUGUUGUGACAAGCGCCUGUCCACACACAGUGAGCCGCUGGUAACGCUGGCUUUGUUUGCAUAGAAGGGUUACGCAAAGAACAACCAAAAAAUGUUGUAAUUUAACAUUACUAACCGUGCGUAUGUAGGUACUGUAGUUGGCUAGCUAUGUUUGUAUAUUUAUUGAAAGCUAAACGUGUUUACGGGGAAUGUGUAUGUAGCUAUCUAAGGCUAGCUUUACUUGUGCAAAGGGCCAUGCUUUGGCUAAACGUCAGCUUCGUUUCUAGUCGGAUGUGUUGCAAUUUUUGCACAGCUUAAUGUACAAAUAAACAAGCCUGCCCCAUGUUUUGUUAUUGUCAGUAUGGGCUGUAAAUCAAGCUGAAUUAAUAGAUUUUCCAAAUGGAGCCAGUAACCAAAUGUUACCCGACGUUUCUGUUUACAAUUUUACAUUUUAGCAGAGCGACUUACAGUAGUGAGGGCAAAUUAUUUGUCAUACUUUUUCGUGCUGGUCCCCCGUGGGAAUCGAACCCACAACCCUGGCGUUGCAAGUGUCAUGCUCUACCAACUGAGCAUGAAAUGGUAAAUAGAAAUAGGGGGUUGGAAAUAGUCUUGAUUGUUAUGAUUAGUAGAACUGCAUACCAAUCUGAUUCUAUUGAAUACUUUUUUUUAUUGUCAUAUACACUGUAAAGGUGCAGUGAAAUGUGGUGUUUUACUGGUCUGAAAUGUCAAAUAGUUAUAUGUCACAGCAUGCCAGUCAGCUGGUCCCAUAGCAGAUGAUAUGGUCCAAAUAUACCCCAUUGUAAUAGUAAGUAAGACCUGUUAUGUAAGUGCCAUUUAUAAACCCUGUUUAUAGGCUAACUCUUCUGGCCCACACUGGUUCAGGUCCUAUUAGACUGCCUCUGCAUGUUUUGAUAUGAGAAGAUGCCCACUCAACACUGCUGGUGUGUUGCAGUCAGAAUGCAUAAUGAAAGUGACAUUCUCACUAUUAAUGUUGAGUGAGUCUUGGUAGGUCUGGAUGGCCUGCACUUGUCAUGUCCUACUGUUCUGUCUUUGACUCUCCCUCCCUCUCUUUCGCUGUUCUCCAGGUGCUGUCUCCGGUUCCCCAGCACCAACAUCAAGAUCACGUUCACAGCCCUGUCCAGCGAUAAGAAGGAGCGUAGGAACGUGUCGGAGUCGCCAGUAAAGCCCGUCCAGCCCCAAAUGGCACCGCUGACCAUCAACAUUCCAGACAACAUCGCACACCUCAUAAGCCCCCUGCCCUCACCCACUGGCACCAUCAGGUGAGACUGAAGUGAAGAGCAUUGCAGAUGGCAGGGUAAUUCAAAUCUGGAUCUGGAAGCUUGUGCCACUUCUGGUUUUCAUUCUUCCCUUGGUGACCUGGUGGGUGUAAUUAAUUAUCAGGUAGAACAGAAAACCAGCAAUACUCCGGACCUCCAGGCUCAGAUUUGAAUACUCCUGGUAGAGCUGGCCGAUAUGGACAAAAAUCAAUUUCGCGUAAAUUGACUGAAUUAUCAUGAUAAUGAUAAAUUGAACAAUAAAUUCAUAACAUUAAUGUGCACCAGUAGCUUUUUAAAUAUUACCCUUAAAAGUACUAAUACAACUUUGAAUGUUGUAGCUAUCAAUUGUCCGGUUACCAAUAGCCCAUAUUAGCAGACUUAUUUUAUUUCAAACUUCACAUUCCUCUAGUAAAGGCUAAUUAUCGUUAUUAUCGAUCAAUAAAAUUAUAAAUGGUCGGUAUGGAUACGUUUUGAGUUUAUCGUCCCAUCUAACUCCUGGCAUAUACACGGAGUGUACAAAACAUUAAGAACACUUUCCUAAUAUUGAAUUGCACUCCCCCCUUUUACCCUCAGAACAGCCUCAAUUCGUCGGGGCAUGGACUCUACAAGGUGUCGAAAGCGUUCCACAGGAAUGCUGGCCCAUGUUGACUCCAAUGCUUCCCACAGUUGUGUCAAGUUGGCUGCAUGACCUUUGGGUGGUGGACCAUUCUUGAUACACACAGGAAACUGUUGAGCGUGAAAAACCCAGCAGCAUUGCAGUUCUUGACACAAACCGGUGCGCCUGGCACCUACUACCAUACUCCGUUCAAAGGCACGUAAAUGUUUUGUCUUGCCCAUUCACCCUCUGAAUGGCACACAUCCACAAUCCCUGUCUCAAGGCUUAAAAAUCCUUCUUUAACCUGUCCCCUCCCCUUCAUCGACACUGAUUUUAAGUGGAUUUAACAAGUGACAUCAAUAAGGGAUCAUACCAUUGACCUGGUCAGUCUGUCAUGGAAAGAGCAGGUGUUUUAUACACUCAGUGCCUUCGGAAAGUAUUAAGACCCAUUGAGUUUUCCCCAAAAAAAUUACGUUACAGCCUUAUUCUAAAAUUGAUUACAUUGUUUUUUUCCCUCAUCAAUCUACACACAAUACCCCAUAAUGACAAAGCAAAAACAGGUUUUUAGAAAUGUUUGCUAAUCUAUUAAAAAUAAAAUACCUGAUAUCACAUUUACAUAAGUAUUCAGACCCUUUACUCAGUACUUUGUUGAAGCACCUUUGGCAGCGAUUACAGCAUUGAGUCUUCUUGGGUAUGACUCUACAAUCUUGGCACACCUGUAUUUGGGGAGUUUCUCCAAUUCUUCUCUGCAGAUCCUCUCAAGCUCUCAGGUUGGAUGGGGAGUGAUGCUGCACAGCUAUUUUCAGGUCUCUCCAGAGAUGUUAGAUCGGGUUCAAGUCCGAGCUCUGGCUGGGCCACUCAAAGACAUUCAAAGACUUGUCCCGAAGCCACUCCUGCAUUGUCUUGGCUGUGUGCUUACGUACGUUGUCCUGUUGGAAGGUGAACCUUCGCCCCAGUCUGAGGUCCUGAGCGCUCUGGAGCAGGUUUUCAUCAAGGAUCUCUCAGUACUUUGCUCCGUUCAUCUUUGCCUCGAUCCUGACUAGUCUCCCAGUCCAUGCCGCAGAAAAACACCCCCACAGCAUGAUGCUGCCACCACCAUGCUUCACCGUAGGCAUGGUGCCAGGUUUCCUCCAGACGUGACGCUUGGCAUCAGGCCAAAGAGUUCAAGCUUGGUUUCAUCAGACCAGAGAAUCUUGUUUUUCAUGGUCUGAGAGUCUUUAGGUGCCUUUUGGCAAACUCCAAGCGGGGUGUCAUGUGCCUUUUACUGAGGAUUGGCUUCCGUUUGGCCACUCUACCAUAAAGGCCUGAUUGGUGGAGUGAUGCAGAGAUGGUUGUCCUUCUGGAAGGUUCUCCCAUCUCCACAGAGGAACUCUCGAGCUCUGUCAGAGUGACCAUCAGGUUCUUGGUGACCUCCCUGACCAAGGCCCUUCUACCCAGGCUGCUCAGUUUGGCCGGGCGGCCAGCUCUAGGAAGAGUCUUGGUGGUUCCAAUCUUCUUAUAUUUAAGAAUGAUAGAGGCCACUGUGUUCUUGGGGACCUUCAAUGCUGCAUACAUUUUUUGGUACCCUUCCCCAGAUCUGUGCCUUGACACAAUCCUGUCCCGGAGCACUACGGGCAAUUCCUUCGACCUCAUGGCUUGGUUUUUGCUCUGACAUACCCUGUCAACUGUGGGACCUUAUAUAGAUAGGUGUGUGCCUUUCCAAAUCAUAUCCAGUCAAUUGAAUUGACCACAGGUGGACUCCAAUCAAGUUGUAGAAACAGCUCAAGGAUGAUCAAUGGAAACAGGAUGCACCUGAGCUCAAUUUCGAGUCUCAUAGCAAAGGGUCUGAAUACUUACGUAAAUAAGAUAUUUCUGUUUUUAAUAAAUUUGCAAAAAUGUCUAAAAACCUGUUUUUGCUUUGUCGUUAUGUGGUAUUGUGUGUAGAUUGAUGAGGAUUUAUUUUUAUUGAAUCGAUUUUAGGAUAAGGCUGUAACGUAGCAAAAUGUGGAAAAAGUCAAGGGGUCUGAAUACUUCCCAAAGGCACUGUAUUUAUUGCGCCUCCAGAGGAGGUUUAAGAUACCAUGGUUAUGUCUUGGAUGCUUGAUGGAUCUAAGAUAUUUUCUGCCAUCACAGGAUUUCCAUGUUCAUCACCAAACCACACUCUCUACCACUCAGUCUCACCGUUUAAAUUGUUUCUCACCCCAAAACAGUGCUGCCAACUCCUGUCCAAACUCCUGUCCGUCAAGUCCCCGAGGGGCGGGUCUGUCUGGCUAUAGGAUGGGCCGUGUACUGACCGCUGACCUCAUCAAUGAGAACUCCCAAUCAGACGAAAAGGACUGCUCGGGAGGAGACAGCCCCAAGGUGAGACACCAGCAACACAGGGGCACAUCCCAAUAGUCUAAAGUGGCUUCCUCUCUAUUCCUCACACGCUGAUAUGAAGAGGUCAGUCAAAGCAGUAUAAUUGAAGCCAAAUGAGAGACCUGACCAGCUCUUACAGAGAAUUCCACUUUAGACGGUUGAAAUGCACACCUAGUACUGGGGUGAACCGGUGAUGUGGAAGCAUUCAGAACGUUGAAAAUAGAAAUGAGACUAAUAGAGCUAAACAAAUCCCUGCUCUGCCUGACAGUUGUGUCUGUUCUACACAACGCGUUUCUAUCUCCACGUUCUGUAAUGUGGCACCCUCUUGAACACACCCCUGACUCCAUUGUCUUUAGAGGCGGCAGGUAGCUUAGUGGUUAAGAGCGUUGUGCCAGUAACCGAAAGGUCGCUGGUUCUAAUCCCUGAGACGACUAGGUGAAAAAUCUGUCGAUGUGCCCUUGAGCAAGGCACUUAACCCUAAUUGCUCCUGUAAGUCGCUCUGGAUAAGAGCGUCUGCUAAAUGACUAAAAAAAAAAAAAAAAAAGGUAGAUCCCAGGGUGAUGGGGAACAAACAUUGGUUUUGUUUUGGUUCUCUGGGAUGGGUUACUCAUUGAAGUCCAAAAGUUGCCCAAUGUUGGUGAAAAUGUAGACUUUAGAGUAACGAAUCCUGUUGAACUAUAACUCUCCUUGCUUUCCAACGUGUGUGUGAGGAACGUGAAACUGAAAACCAAACUCUUGAACCUUUUUUUUUUUUAUUAAAAAGUUUAUUGACCCAGAUAAACACAUGCAAUACAUACACAUCAAUCAUAACACAAAUCUAAUCAAAUAUCUGUAGCAUGAAAGAAAAUGCUUUCUCCAUUUGUUCUGUCCUCAGGAUGACUCCAAGCCACCGUAUUCCUAUGCCCAACUAAUAGUCCAGGCCAUCACCAUGGCCCCCGACAAGCAGCUGACUCUCAAUGGGAUUUACACACACAUCACCAAGAACUACCCCUACUACAGGACUGCAGACAAGGGCUGGCAGGUCGGUGAAUCCACCCUGUAUUUCAUGCUGCUGUGGUAUAUUUCUCUUCAAACCAGACAAACUUGACAUCUUUCUAAGUCAUCCAGUCUCACUUUAUCCAUCACAACCUGUCUCUUUCAUGUACAUCUUUCUGUUCUAGAAUCUGAUCUGUUUCUCUCGCUUUCAUCAUUCUCACAAUAUGUCGCUUUUGUGUUCUAGAAUCUCAAUUCGCCAUAACCGUACCAUGGUAAUGAAUGCUGUCUCUCUCUACUGUGUUCUAGAACUCGAUCCGUCACAACUUGUCUCUGAACCGCUACUUCAUCAAAGUGGCUCGGUCUCAGGAGGAGCCGGGUAAGGGAUCGUUCUGGAGGAUCGACCCCUCAUCAGAGGGCAAGUUGUGUGAACAGGCGUUCAGGAAGCGCAGGCCCAGGGGGGUACCCUGCUUCAGGACCCCACUAGGACCACUCUCAUCCAGGUAAAAAUCGUUUUCACUAUAAGUCAGAUGUUCCUGUAUUUCCCUGUAUAUUUCCCUCUCGUAUAUACUGUAGUUUGAAAUAGCAUGCAGUUCUACAGCAGUAUAUUAACUCACCACAGUUUGGCAGUGCAGGUAGAUGAAAUUAUUUGUCUGUCUGGGACACUGAGCUCUAAAGGAGUCAAUGGGCUCUGGGUAGGAUGUUUAUUUUUGGCAUGUAGAACACAAAGAUGAAACUCUCUCACUUUUGCUAAUCAUUCUAAUAGUCUACCUGCUGUUCUCCCUUCAGGAGUGCCCCGGCCUCUCCUAGCCACACAGGGGGACUGUCAGCCCACUCCAGUGGUGUGCAGACCCCAGAAAGCCUGUCCAGGGAGGGUUCCCCUGUGCCCAUGGACCCAGAGCCAGCCCGGGCCAUAGCCCCCACCACAGCCACUGCCCUACAGCCCAAACUAGCUGUCAUCCAGGAGGCCCAAUUCGCUCCUGGUGAGCUAUGUUAUGUUGGAGGUUGUUGUUUCAACUGUGUUGGUGGGUGGUUAACAACUCCACUUCUUGUCUGACCUCUGAUUCUUGUCUCUGAUAGGCUCCCCUCUGAACAGCCAGCCGGUGCUGAUCGCCAUGCAGCGACAGUUGCCCCAGACGACCAUGAAACCUGUUACCUACACCAUGGCAACACCUGUCAUGACAACAGCUGUAAGCUCCGCCCCCGUCAUGCAGACGGUGCAUGUACUCCAACAGAUCCCAAUGGUCACCAUGGCUACUAUUGCUGCUACACAGAACUCCGUCGUUACCGUAAAGACAGAACCGCAGGAGAACAGAGGGGGAGACCACAAUGGGGUCAAAGGUGAGGAGACAGUUUAGCGUAUAGAUUUACAGUUACAUUUAAAUGUUCUUUCUUUGCUGUAACAGUCCCUUAUAAAUGAAAAACUGUAGUCAUAUAUCUCUGUGUUUCUCUCUUCCCCAGUCAAAGUGGAGCCGGUCCCAGCCGUCACUACUUCCUCUAUAGUCAGGGCCAAUCGCAUCAUCCAGACCUCCCAGGCCACGCCCCUAACAACGGUUACCAUCUUGCAGCAGGCCCCCCUGGGUCAGCAUCGGCUUCCUAUAAAGACCAUCACACAGAACGGGACUCGCCUGAUCCCAAUCACUACUGCUGCUAACACAGGUGAGACACACUCAAAAUGGAUGAAGCUUGUAAAAAUGGCACAUGAUUGGAAUGACAUGUCUAAAAUGACCAGCCUUUUCACUCAGUAGUGCUUGUUUAUGUCAGGGUUGCCAUGAAUCCAGUAGUAAAACUCUCUCUCUCCCCUCUCAGCAGUGGUGAACCCCCUCCACCUGUUGGCAGCCCACGCCUCGGCCUCUGCAUCACUGCCCACCAAGAGGCAGAACGGGGAGGUGGCCGACCCCCCCGAACCCAAGAGAGUCAAAAUGGAGGAGGGGAGCGAGAGCAUAAUCCCCGCUGUAAACAACAACUCACACACAAACAGAGACGAGGAGAAUGGGGUUAGUGAAAAGGCCAGCGAUGACUAG